ACUUGGCAUCUGGGUGUGUCGUAGACUUAAUUCAGUUCAUGUAAGUAGAUAAGACAUCGCGUUUGUAAUGUAUGAGAAACACAUUGUCAUGGUAUGAGCUGCCCUGCCAUGACUGCUAAAACUGGAGCUGGGUAACCACGCCAAAUCCAGGACGUCCUUGGAGCGAUUGAACAAUACAACAGUAUAGGGGAAAAAACCUUGAUAGCUACAAAUACAAUUUAUUCUUUAUUUUCUCAUCACAGAUGUCAGUGAUCCAAGCCAUUGUUUUGUUUAUUCAAUGAGCUAAAAACUGUGCAGCUGUAACUAGCCGAUCUGUGUCCUAUGGACAAAGCCAUUAUUCUGAGUUGUAUGCAAAAUUUUAUUUUUGGCAUAUUGGAGCCACUGCCUAGCCGCUAGUCGGUGGGUCACCGACCGACUACCGACUAGCGUCUAGGUGAACACUGAUUUUGAGAGACUCAUAACUGAAGCUGUGUGUAUAGCUACCUUUUGUGGGUUAUCUUUAGGCCCUGCUUCUACUGGAUUACAUAAAGACAUGUGAUUUAUGCUGUACAUGCAUGAGAGGCUCCAAACUCUGUGUGAUGCAUACUUAUCCAUGUUGGUUUGUAAUAGCAGCCCACAGAUUCUUUUGUCCGUAACCAGUUUGACCGAUAAUGGCAGGACCUGACUGUUUAUGCAACUACCCACUUGCACAUUAUGGAUAGUAAGAGUAUGAAAGGAAGGUCUUUGGCUUUGGACAGACAAGAUCUGACAUGGAACCAUCCUCACAGCCUCAGCCUGUGAUGGGUGUUGCCGCUGGUGGGUCACAAGCAUAUCCUCCUGCUGCUGCAUAUCCACCUCAAGCCAUGGUUCCUGGAGCUCCUGCUGUUCCUCCUGGCUCACAGCCAUCAGCACCAUUUCCCACUAAUCCAGCUCAACUCAGUGCUCAGCACCAGCUUGUGUACCAACAAGCCCAGCAAUUUCAUCAGCAACUGCAGCAACAGCAACAGCAACAACUCCGGGAGUUCUGGGCUAAUCAAAUGGAAGAGAUUGAGCAGACUACUGACUUCAAGAAUCACAGCUUGCCACUCGCAAGGAUAAAGAAGAUAAUGAAGGCUGAUGAGGAUGUCCGAAUGAUCUCGGCUGAAGCCCCUGUUGUCUUUGCAAAGGCGUGCGAGGUAUUUAUAUUAGAACUGACGUUGAGGUCAUGGAUGCACACUGAGGAGAACAAGCGCCGGACCUUACAGAAGAAUGACAUUGCAGCUGCCAUCACCAGGACCGAUAUCUAUGACUUCUUGGUGGACAUUGUUCCCAGGGAUGAAAUGAAAGAAGAGGGACUUGGGCUUCCUAGGGUUGGCCUACCACCUAAUAUGGGGGCAGCAGCAGACCCAUAUCCAUAUUACUACGUGCCAGCGCAGCAGGGGCCUGGAUCAGGAAUGAUGUACGGUGGUCAGCAGGGUCACCCGGUGACGUAUGUGUGGCAGCAGCCUCAAGAGCAACAGGAAGACCCCCCUGAAGAACAGCAGCAGUCCCUGCCAGAAAGUAGCUAAAAGAUGAUACAGUGAAGUUAUGACAUUGAUACAUUGUCCUGUGUACUUAGGUCCUCUAAAACUCAUGCUUUUGUUAAACUAUUCCCAUGAUUGUUGGCUAAAACAGGUAAUCUGAUUAGGUCUUAGGCUUUCCUAAUGUUAGUUUCUGCUCUGCCUUGCAGCAGCAGAAAAAAAGGAUUGUGAUUUGGUAGGUGAUUUGCAACUAAUGUAGUAACUGUACCUUACCUUUCAGUUUCUAAUCCCAAUACUCAAGGUGCUUGCAUGUGGGGACCCUUGUAUGAA